CUCCUUCACCUGGUGCAGAAGACAAAAAAGUGAAAAACCCUACCAGUACUGCAUUGCUGCUUCUUCCCCGCCUCUGGUGUUACAACUCUGGGGUUUCCAGUCCAGCAUUCUCAGCCCCCACACAGAAGCAUUUCAGAAAUCCACGAUUAAUCUCUGUCCCUUUCUUUUAUGUUCAGAGGGCUUUGGAUUUUGUUUGAGCAGCAACAAUGGUGGCGGGAAAGAAGACAAAGAAGUCUCAUGAGGGCAUCAACAACAGGCUGGCUCUUGUGAUGAAGAGUGGCAAAUAUACUCUAGGCCACAAAACCGUUCUUCGUUCCCUCAGGAGCUCCAAGGGAAAGCUAAUUUUAAUUUCCAACAAUUGCCCCCCUUUGCGCAAGUCUGAAAUCGAGUACUAUGCAAUGCUCGCGAAGGUCGGGGUUCAUCAUUACAAUGGAAACAAUGUUGAUCUGGGAACAGCUUGUGGCAAGUAUUUCCGUGUGUCAUGCCUCAGCAUUAUUGAUCCAGGUGAUUCGGAUAUCAUCAAGACUCUACCUGGUGAUCAGUAGAAGGUUUCCCAUUGGACAUCGCUUCUGUGGUAGACGGUUCAAGCAUAUAGAGAUGUCCCAGUGCCCUUCCAUCACCAAAAUAUUUGUUAAGUUAAAUGAAUCUUCAGAGCCUGGUACAUUCCCUUCUGGGAAAUUCGAUUACCAAACUUAAUUUGAGGCAUGAUGAUUUUUAUUCAUAAUCACAAAGCCAUUCAUAUACCAAAAGAUUUGAUGUAAUUGAAUUGACGUGCAUUUGCAUGUCUCUGAAAUAGGACACCCAACUUCAGUA